AAGAUAUUUAUUCUAACAACCUGCAUGGACUACGAAUUCACCGACGGGCCCCCAUUACUUCUCACCUUAUGUUUGCUGAUGACACUUACCUGUUUAUUCGUGCGUCUGUUCCCGAAUGUGCCCAUCUUCUACAUGUGUUUGAGGAGUAUGGUCUCACAAGUGGGCAGCAAGUGAACCUGCAGAAGUCCACCAUCUGUACAAGUGCAAAUGUUGAGGACCACGAGAAGGAGAGUUUGGCCAAUUAUCUUGGAGUGAAGGAAGUGGGUUUGCAGGACAAGUACUUAGGCUUACCUGUUCAGGUACAACGGUCCAAGACCAGGACUUUUCGAUUCUUGGAAGACGGAUUGGCGGCCAGAAUUCGAUCUUGGAAGUCGAAAUCGAUGUCAUUGGCAGCAAAGGAAACUGUGAUCAAAUCCGUCGGAUCUGCCUCCACAAUCUAUGCCAUGUCUGCCUUCCGCAUUCCGGCCACAUCCUGCCGAAGAAUGAACAGCCAAUUAUCACGAUUUUGGUGGGCUAAUCAAGACAAAGAGAAGGGCAUACAUUGGCUAUCUUGGCCCGAAGUGUGUCACAGUAAGUUUGAAGGUGGGUUAGGUUUUCGGGAUUUUGAUCGCUUUAACAUUGCACUUUUGGCAAAACAGGCAUGGCGAUUACUCCAAAUGCCAGACUCUCCAAUUGCAGUCCUAUACAAGGCCCGGUAUCAUCCUUCUACAUCCAUACUCACAUCUGAAGUCGGCUCUCGUGCUUCUUGGGCGUGGCAAGGCAUACUUGAGGGGCGAGAUUUAUUGGCUCGUGGUCUCCGAUGGCGCAUUGGUAAUGGUGCUGUCGUGCGCAUCCUCACAGAUAAGUGGCUGCCCUCUUCCCCUCCUUCAUCACCUUCUCUGCUUCCUACUGCUUCCAUGUCAUACACUUUUGUUUCAGAAUUAAUUUGCCCCCAAUCCCACUCUUGGAAAGUGGCUGUCUUGCAGGAUCUAUUCACAGUGGAGUCAGUAGAGCUGAUCUUAUCUAUUCCUUUGCCCAACCAGCUUAUUCCGGAUAAAUUGGUGUGGCAUUAUUCUGUUUCAGGGGAAUACACGGUUAAGACGGGGUACCAACUCCUAUCCUCGGAGCUGAACAGGACCCAUCCGCCUCGCGACUUACCAUAUGAUAAACGAUUCUGGAAGUUCCUGUGGCAGCUGCCGGUGCCGCCGAAAUUGAGGGUCUUCUGCUGGAGGGUGGCACGGGGAUUUCUACCAGUUCGUGCGGUGCUUCACUACAAGCGGCUGGUUGAUGAUAAUGUUUGUCCAAUUUGCUCUAAUGGGAUUGAAAGCAUCCUUCAUUCGUUCCUUCAUUGUCGUGUAGCAGUGGAGCUAUGGGAACUUGCUGGCUUUGGCCUCCGUCGUGCCAGGUUAUCUUCUCUUUCCCAUGCGGAUUGUUGGAAGACUCUUUUCUUUGAAUGCCGUCUUUCUAAGACUGAUGUUGCUAAUGUUGUUUUCUUAUGCUGGCGAGUUUGGAAAUCGAGGUUUUGGGCGAUACACAAAUUUAUUCAAUAUAGAGGACCAACAUUACUGCGUCAAUUCCAAGCACAAGUGGAGGAAUGGCGGGCUGCGACAUCUCCGCUUACGCUGCACCAGGGCCCGCGGGGUCAAGGGCGACAAGUACCGGCCUCGCGAUCUGGACGUGAUGGUUUGUGUCCUGAUAGGGGAGUUCUAGUGCGUUUUGAUGGGGCUUGGCGGCAAGGAUCAGGGGGCGGAAUCGGGCUUUGCUGGUUUCUCAGCUAAUGGAAGCCUAAUGUUUGCUCUAGGGAAACAUUACACAGGUAUUGAUGACCCUUUUAUCAUGGAACUGUUGGCAUUACGUGACACAAUAAGCUGGUGUCUAAUGCAUGGUUUUCCUGUGGUGAAUUUUUGCGGGGACUGCCAAAUGUUGAUCCGGGCCGUACGGGAGAGAGAUGUUGCACACGGACGGGGUGGUGCAAUUAUGGAGGAGAUUCGGGUGGCGGUGUCUUCCUUUUCGGUGUUUUCUUGUACUUUUACUCCUCGCAGGUACAACAGGGCUGUCCAUUUAGUGGCACAAAAGGCCCUUUCAUCGGCAGUUCGACUACUUGUCGACUGGCGCGUUUGGUUGUGUACAGUUCUCUGACUAUUUUAUUAAUCUAUCUAUGCCAAAAAAAAAGUGUUAAUAUUAUAUUAUUUUAAUUAAAAUAUUAUUUAAAAUAAUAGGUUAAAUACACUUGUGUAUUCAAAACUUUCACGGUUGUGUCAAUAAUAUCUAAAUUUUCCGAAAUACCACUUAUAUCCAAUUCCUUGACUUUCUUUAACGGUGUUUUUGGAUAUACAAGUGUAUUUAACCAAAAAUAUAUUGGGAAAUGGAUAGAUUUGACAAAGAAAAACUUUAAAACAUGGAUAUAAGUGGUAUUUCGGGAAAUUUAUAUAUUAUUGAUACAACCAUGAAAGUUUUGGAUAUAUAAAUAUAUUAAACCAAAAUAAUACUAUAUUUUGAGACUAACACUCCCACUUCAAAAGAAAAUGAGACUACUUCUACUUCAAUAUCUUUAAUUACCUAAAACUAAAAGGUGAAGCCAAAUAAAAAUUAAGAACAAAAAAUCUAAAUUUUCCUACUUAAUAUACACAACAACAGUACAGGUACAACACAAAUACAACCCACAAUAGAGCUUGAAUAGCCCAAUAUACUUGCGGUGAUAGAAACUUUGAAUAGCCCAACUAAUGAGCCCAAAAUUGACUGCAGUUAAAACUCAAAGCCCUAAACGAGCAGUUGCCGAGUGCCCGACUCGGUCCCUGCUUUCUUCUUCCUCAUGCCAACAACAUCCUCCUCUCUCAAUCCCUUCUUCUCAUCGACAAAUUCCCCUUCUUCAUACAACCUUCCAAUCCCUUCAAAGUUCAAACAAGAUCUGAUGGUGAUUCCCACUCAGCUUGUGUGUGAAUUGAACUGCGAUACCUCAUCGGCUGCCGACCAAAAGUCUCCCCUGCAGUUCCAGAUCUCCCUGAUCAACAAAAUCUCUUUCAAAUACAUAUCCGACAUCUUUCAGUCUUUCUGGCUUCCUCCAUCAAUCCGGCAGGCAAUUCUAUCUCCUUUACAGAUGACAGAUCGACAGUCAUCACCGACUACAGUUACUCUUCGUCUCUUCCGCUUUGUUCCUUUGAAAUUGAUUCGCAAACUCCCUAGCGAAAAUCGCGCUCCAGUAGGCAAUAAAUCGCGAAUUUUUUGCGAAUACAUUCUAAAUCGUGUUUUUGUGCUCUAAAGCGAGAGCGUCCACCCCCAUUCACACGAAUUGUGUGACCUAAGUUUGGUCCGACUUUUAUAAGUGUUUUUCGGUAUAAAAAAAUUGAAGCAGGGCCGAAUCAUAGGCGGAGGCAGGGGUAUUAGCCCUUGUUAUGGGACAGGGUAAAUUUCGGAGAAAAAAUUAUGUCAUAUAUAUUUAUAUUUAUUGAUAAUGAAACACAACACGUAUAUUAGUGGUAUGAGAGUAAUUUGUCACUACAACACAAGUCAUUACUUGUUCACAAAUUGAUAUAUAGCUAAUUUAUUAUACUAUAAACGGAAUUCCAAUUG